UUGAAGACAUGAGAGAAUUCACGCACAAGGGGGAAGGACCUGGUGCACAGCAGUUAGGUUGGACCAGAUCCUGUGCCUGCUCAGGACGGCUGUGCUUGGUCAGGAUGGGAAUGUACUGAGGUGGGUAGACCGGCAGGCUUUUGGUUACAAGGUGUAUACAGAUGCAGAUAAAAGUGAGAACAGGGGCAGUGGCUUUGCCUUUCUUUUUUCCUGGCUAAAGUGGAGCGCACACGACCUAAAAUGUCUGAGGAGACCAGCUGGUGAAUGAGUAGAAUGAAUAGGUACCAUGUCAAGCACGGGGUGUCCUCUAAAGAGGGCUGAUUCCUGCAGAGAAAAUCGAGAAUCAGGCUGGGAGAACAGGUCAAAGUGAUCAUGGGCCCUUGGGGUCCAGAGUCUGAUGAGUGAUCCCCAGUGCUGGUGGAGGACUGAGGUGAAGACUGCCAGGCCAAGGCCUGACAAUGAGAAGAGACAAUACCCAUAAGGGAGUCGAAGCUCAUGGGAACAAGCUCAGGCCUGGGCCUUUAUUGUGCCCUUCUUCCCCUGCAGGGUUUGUGUACUCAAGGGAGACGCAAGGGUCCUCAAGGUCACAGGUCUUUGCUCUGAGCCAGAACACAGCUCUGUUGAAGAUGCACUGGACACCGGAACACGCCCAGCCCCUCAACCAGUGGCCAGAGCAGCACCUGGACGUCUCCUCCACCACCCCAUCGCCCGCCCACAAGUUGGAGCUGCCUCCAGGGGGUCGCCAGCGCUGCCACUACGCUUGGGCACACGACGACAUUUCCGCCCUCACAGCCUCCAACCUCCUCAAGCGCUACGCCGAGAAGUACUCCGGAGUCUUGGACUCGCCCUACGAGCGGCCGGGUCUGGGCAGCUACGGUGACGCCGCCUUCCUCAACGGUGCCAAAGGGGACCCGGAGCCCUGGCCCGGGCCGGAGCCACCUUACCCUCUAGCCUCGCUCCACGAAGGCCUCCCGGGAGCCAAACCGGCCGGCGCCGGAGGCUCCGCGGGCCUCGGGGGCUCCCCGGUGGUAGCCGGGAACUUGACCGAGCCGCUCUACACGGGCAACGCGUGCGGGGGCCCGGCGGCGGCCACCGAGUACGCAGGGGGCUACGGAGGCGGGUACCUGGCGCCCGGCUACUGCGCGCAGACGAGCGCCGCGCUCGCCCCGCCGCCUCCGGCCGCGCUGCUGCAGCCAGCGCCGCCGCCCGGCUACGGGCCCUCGGCGCCGCUCUACAACUACCCCGGGGCCGGCUACGCGGCGCAGCCCGGCUACGGGGCGCUCCCGCCGCCCGCCGCGCCUCCAGCGCCCUACCUGCCUUCCGGGCUGGCGGCGCCCACGCCCCUGCCCGCGCCCGCGCCGCCCCGGCCCGCGCCCUACGGCUUCCCCGCGGCCGCCGAGGGCGUGUCGCUGAAGCGCAAAGCGGCGGACGAGGGCGCGGAGGCUCGCUACCGCAAGUACGCGUACGAGCCCAAGGCUCCCGCGGCCGACGGCGCCGCCUACCCCGCCGCGGACGACGAGUGUCGGGGCAACGGGUUCCGCGCGAAGCCACCCGGGGCGACGGAGGAUGGGACCGGCAAGUACGGCGCCGGCGGCCCUCUCAAGGUGCUGGGCUCCCCCGCCUACGCCCCGCAGCUCGAUCCCUUUGACAAGUUCCCGGAGCGGGUCCCGACCGCCCACGGAGGCUUCGCCGAGCCGUCUGGGGAGCCCACCAAGGGCGUGGACCCGGGGGCGCUGGAGCUGGUGAGCAGCAAGAUGGUGGACUGCGGGCCCCCCGUGCAGUGGGCAGACGUGGCGGGCCAGGGCGCGCUCAAGGCGGCGCUGGAGGAGGAGCUGCUGUGGCCCUUGCUGAGGCCGCCCGCCUGCCCCGGCAGCGCGCGCCCGCCGCGGACCGUGCUGCUCUUCGGGCCCCGCGGCUGCGGCAAGGCGCUGUUGGGGCGCUGCCUCGCCACCCGGCUGGGGGCCACGCUGCUGCGCCUGCGCGGAGCCGGCCUGGCGGCCUCGGGCGCCGUCGAGGGCGCGCGCCUCCUGCAGGCGGCCUUUGCGGCUGCGCGCUGCCGCCCGCCCGCCGUGCUGCUCAUCAGCGAGCUGGACGCGCUGCUGCCGGCGCGGGACGACGGCGCGUCGCUGCGGGCGCCUCUGCUGGCCUGCCUGGAUGGCGGCUGCGGCGCGCGCGCCGACGGCGUGCUGGUGGUGGGUACCACCUCGCGGCCGGCGGCCCUGGACGAGGCCAGCCGCCGGCGGUUCGCGCUGCGCUUCUACGUAACGCUGCCCGACGGCGCGGCGCGCGGGCAGAUCCUGCAGAGGGCGCUGGCUCAGCAGGGCUGUGCGCUGAGCGAGCGGGAGCUGGCAGCCCUGGUGCAGGGCACCCAGGGCUUCUCUGGGGGCGAGCUGGGGCAGCUGUGCCAGCAGGCAGCGGCCGAGGCGGGUCUCUCCGGACUGCAGAGGCCCCUCUCCUACAAAGACCUGGAGGCUGCUCUAACCAAGGUGGGCCCUCGGGCUUCCCCAAAGGAGCUGGACUCGUUAGUUGAGUGGGACAAAAUGUAUGGCUCCGGACACUGAGGGUGGCAGAGGAGGCCAACUCUGGCUAGGAGGAGGAUGUCUUUGGCCAAAGGAGUGAUGAAUGUGGGGCGGGAGAGGUAAGGCUCUCCCGGUGGUUUUUUUUUUUUUUUUUUAAUGGGAAGGAAAAUGCUUCUGCCAGGCAGAUCGAUGCCAUACGCACCGGUGUACUCAGGUUUUUUUCUAUUUAUUGUGGACGGGAAGUUUGCCAUCUUCGCUCGGCAGACCGGGCACACCCGACAUGAGUUGGCACCAGGGCCUAAGGAACGCCUACUCUCUCUCCGUCACCUUUGUCUCUUGUCCUCUGAGUGACACCUUCCUUUCCUAUUCUACUUUCUCAAUAUUGGCUUAGUUUUCUCCUCAGGGUUUUGUCACUGGCCCCUCCCCAAGCUGUCUCUGUUCCUUUUCAGCUCCUCCUUCCGGUCCCCAUCUAUCUCCCUCUGUGCUUCUGUCUCUGUCGAUCGCCCUGUGUCUCCCGGACUCUAUGCUUUAACCCACCCUCCCUCAUUGUUCUGAUUGACACUACAGCGACUCUUGGCGGAAGUUCUUUCGGCCCAGAGGCUGAGAAGGGUGUGUGGGGGGGGAGCAGGGAGCCCCAAGCCCCCUCUGUACCUUACCCACCUGAAAUCUUGGGGGCUUAGGGGUGGGACAAGGAUAAAAACCACCCAAAGAAAGUUUUUGUUUUGCUUUUUUGGUUUGUUCAUUUUUGAGGGGAAGUCCCAGAAAUGUAGGUUGCUUAAUAUUUUAGGCCUCUUAUUUUUGUAAGACGUGUAGGAUUUGCUGUUUUUCGUUUUAUUUUUGACAACUCAGGAAGAAACUGACCUCAGAAAGAAUGUUAGAGUCUGGCUGCUCUCUUGUUAGCCCUGC